AGCUAAUCGUUGCCAGCUGGGUGUGGACUUCGCUGCUGACCCCACCUCCGCCGCCCUGGGUAAUUUAGAGCCGCGCGCCGGGCGGGAAUGUAAGAUGGCGGAGUAGCAACGCAAAGCGCUUAGUAUUGAGUCUCUGGCCGACUGCGGUUCCCGUCUCUGCAGCAUCCGCGAUCGCUUAGCGGAGUGCUUAGGGUAGUUGGCCAGAAUGCCGAAUAUCAAAAUCUUCAGCGGCAGCUCCCACCAGGAUUUAUCUCAGAAAAUUGCUGACCGCCUGGGCCUGGAGCUAGGCAAGGUGGUGACGAAGAAAUUCAGCAACCAGGAGACCUGAGUGACCUCCAUUGCAGACAGGCUGAAUGUGGACUUUGCCUUGAUUCACAAAGAGCGGAAGAAGGCCAAUGAAGUGGACCGCAUGGUGCUUGUGGGAGAUGUGAAGGAUCGGGUGGCCAUCCUUGUGGAUGAUAUGGCUGACACUUGUGGCACAAUCUGCCAUGCAGCUGACAAACUUCUCUCAGCUGGAGCCACCAGAGUUUAUGCCAUCUUGACUCAUGGAAUCUUCUCCGGUCCGGCUAUUUCUCGCAUCAACAACGCAUGCUUUGAGGCAGUAGUAGUCACCAAUACCAUACCUCAGGAGGACAAGAUGAAGCAUUGCUCCAAAAUACAGGUGAUUGACAUCUCUAUGAUCCUUGCAGAAGCCAUCAGGAGAACUCACAAUGGAGAAUCCGUUUCUUACCUAUUCAGCCAUGUCCCUUUAUAAUAGAGUAACUUCUGAGGCUUUUUGAGAAUAAAAUCCACCCCACCCCUUCUUUCCCCUUGGUAUUUGAUGACAAAUUCAGCAGAAGACCCGACUUGUUCCAGUGUAGCUUUCUACAUCCCACAUCAGGUAUAUUAGAGUUUGUCCGAAUUGGAGAAAGACGGAUUGAGAUUAACUGCUGGGACUUCCUACCUGCAUUAUCUCAUUCUGGCUUCCUUGAUAAUUCUGUGAGCCUUGCAGCUUUAACUGUAGCUCAGCUGCUGCAAGAUUUCAGACUUUUGAGGAUGUUGUGUGAGGGUGACUGUAAUUGGAGAAGCUCAGACUACUUUGCAUGUAAAUGCUUCAGUGUUUUCUUUGUUGAGAACAACUAGCAACAAAAGCAACCCAUGUGUGACCAGUUCUCCCCAAGGUCUAUGCUAAAUUAUAGCAAGAGCCCUGGGCAACCCCAAACCUAGUUCUGGUAGCUGAGCACCCUGUAAGGCAGGAGCAGACAGCUCGGCUUGAGCAGACAUUGGGUGGGGGGUGGUUGAGGGGGGAGGCAGCACAGUGCAGCAAAUGUUUCUUGGGAGGAAGAAGCCUGAUCCAUCGCCAUCUGCUUGACUAUGUAGCUUGGAGUCUCCUUUGUACCUAUCCCUUUCGAUUUGGCUUUACCUUCAUCUAUCUUGAUCCUUUCCUGGCCAAAUAUCCUCUUGGGCCCAAAUGAACAUUGUACCAUAGUCUUCUGGAAAGCAAACAUGCUUCCUGCUAUGUAAUUGCUAACAUUUACAUUAGAUGAUGUGUUGUAGUUUGAUCUUCCUUAGCCUACUGCCACUGAGUCAGUAGGUUUUAGGUGGUAUCGUAGUGCCUUUUAAUUUAAGUAUUUAAUUUUCAUCUUCAUUUGGAUCUAUUUGGCCUCUCAAAUGAACUGAGAUUCCUGUUAAAGAUUGAUGUUAUUGUCUCUUGUAGAGGAAACUAAUAAAGUGUGUGUACCUGUGUGA